AUGAGGGCAUUACCUAUAUUUUCUGUUUUCUUGGGAACUGUUCUCUGUGGAUUACCUAAUGGGUUUGUCCAGAACAAGGCCACAUACAAAGCGUACAAGAUAAUGUACCAAUCCGAGACCUGGCCCAUUGCUAGAGACGCCUGCAAGGAACUCGGGGCACACUUGGCGGUACCUAGAUCGGAGGAGGAAUUCAAGUUUAUCCAAAAGUUGGUGCGUGGCAUGUACUAUCCCAGUAUUUCCGGUACAGACAACAAACUGGUGGUGUGGCUCGGCAUCAACAACCUACAGGAUUACACUGUUUGGAAAAAUAUUUAUGGUGAAGACAUUAAAGAUACAGGCUUCUACACUUGGGCGGGAAACAACGGUCAAGGCUACAGUGAUGCGCCCGAAGAACCACACUGUGCUGCAAUAGACGCCGCCAACCCGGGCCUGCGCGACUACUGGUGUCACAAGAGACAACCUUACAUCUGUCAAAUUGAUCUGAAGAAUAAAAACUAA